UUGAAGUAUCAUCCCUUCUUCUUUCACCUAUGAAUAUCUGUGCAUUUUCCUCUCCGUAUUUACUUGAAGGAGGUGCCCCACUCUCAAUCAAAUAAGGCGGCAAGAAAGGAAAAAUCAAGGCUUUCUCUUUUUAAUUAGUUUCUUUUUAAAAAAUACUUGUAUUCAAUGGCAACCUUUCACUUUAUCUGCCCCUUCUUUAUUCCCAGCUUCCCUUAUCUUUCUCUCUUCUGUGUUCUUCCCUGAUCCCUCUUUUUCCCACCUGCAUUCUCUCACCGACUCUAUCUUUCUAAAUCCUUUAGCCCUUUUGAAAACUGGGUUUUUCAGCUUGGUAGCCUAAAUCCAGAGAGCAAGAGAGAAAAAGGGGUUUUUUUUUUUUUUUUUUAAAGGCAAAAGCUCUGGCCAUGGAAGAGCCAGGGCAGUUAAAAAGGGCGUUUCUUGAUGCCACCGCCGGCGCUAUUGCUGGUGGCAUUUCCCGGACAGUUACUUCUCCUCUUGAUGUUAUUAAGAUAAGAUUUCAGGUUCAGUUGGAGCCCACAUCUUCGUGGGCUUUGCUUCGUAAAGAUCUUUCAGGAUCAUCAAAAUACACCGGAAUGUUUCAAGCAACAAAGGAUAUAUUCAGGGAAGAAGGUUUACCGGGUUUUUGGCGUGGUAAUGUCCCAGCUUUACUUAUGGUUAUGCCAUAUACUGCCAUACAAUUUGCGGUGUUACACAAAUUGAAAACAUUUGCUUCUGGUUCUUCCAAGACAGCGGAUCACCUUAAUAUAAGCCCCUAUCUGUCUUACAUCAGUGGGGCAUUAGCGGGUUGUGCAGCUACUGUUGGAUCUUAUCCUUUUGAUCUUCUACGGACUAUAUUAGCUUCGCAAGGUGAACCUAAGGUAUAUCCCACCAUGAGAUCAGCAUUCUUUGAUAUAAUUAAAACUCGUGGCUUCAGCGGAUUGUAUGCUGGGUUGUCACCAACAUUGGUUGAGAUCAUUCCUUAUGCUGGCUUGCAAUUUGGCACCUACGAUACAUUUAAGCGUUGGACCGUGGCUUGGAAUCGGUUAAGAUCUUCUAAUACAAGCUCAACCAAGGAUGAUAGCCUUUCAAGUUUUCAACUUUUCAUUUGUGGGCUAGCAGCUGGUACUUUUGCGAAACUCGUCUGUCAUCCGCUGGAUGUAGUAAAGAAAAGGUUCCAGAUUGAAGGACUACAGAGGCACCCAAGGUACGGUGCUCGAGUAGAACAUCAUGCUUAUAGGAACAUGUUUGAUGCCUUACGUCGAAUCUUGCUGUUAGAAGGUUGGCAUGGUCUGUAUAAGGGAAUUGUUCCAUCAACAAUCAAAGCUGCACCUGCUGGUGCUGUAACAUUUGUGGCUUAUGAGUUUACAUCAGAUUGGUUAGAGUCCAUUUUAACUUGAACCUAACCUUUAUUUUCACUUUUCUUUUCCUUCUCAUCUUUUAGAUAAUCCAUUCUUUUUCCCUGAAUUUUGGAAAAGCCCUCAUAGGAAGGAUAAGAAGGGGGUUAUCCUAUUAUUACAUUCAAUUUCACCGUAUUUACAGGAAAUAAGUUCAUAUAUUUAGAGUUUAAAGAUUCCAGGUUGAAAUCAAGAUGUAGAGUGUGUAAUCAAGGAAAUGCUGAUGUGUAUUUUUUUUUUUAUAAAAAUAUUGUAAUUUAAGGAUAAAAUAAAGAGAUAAAUGUGGGA